AUGUCCCACCAGCCUCAGGCCAAGGCAGCGUGUGAAUCGCAGCAGCUCGGGAAGGUGCAGCACGCCAGCAAGCAGAUCGCCGCCGACAAGCAGUACAAGGGCAUCAUCGACUGCGUGGUGCGCAUCCCCCGGGAGCAGGGCGUCCUCUCCUUCUGGCGCGGCAACCUGGCCAAUGUGAUCCGGUACUUCCCCACCCAGGCCCUCAACUUUGCCUUCAAGGAUAAGUACAAGCAGAUCUUCCUGGGCGGCGUGGACAAGCGGACCCAGUUCUGGCGGUACUUCGCCGGUAACCUGGCGUCCGGGGGUGCCGCCGGCGCUACCUCCUUGUGCUUCGUCUACCCCCUUGACUUUGCCCGAACCCGCCUGGCAGCGGAUGUGGGUAAAGCUGGGGCUGACCGCGAGUUCACUGGGCUCGGUGACUGCCUGGUCAAAAUCUUCCGGUCAGACGGCCUCAGGGGCCUGUACCAGGGCUUCAGUGUCUCUGUCCAGGGCAUCAUCAUCUACAGAGCCGCCUACUUUGGCAUCUACGACACCGCGAAGGGCAUGCUUCCAGACCCAAAGAACACCCACAUUGUUGUCAGCUGGAUGAUUGCUCAGACCGUCACCGCUGUCGCUGGUUUGACCUCCUACCCUUUUGAUACGGUUCGUCGUCGCAUGAUGAUGCAGUCUGGCCGUAAAGGAACUGACAUAAUGUACACCGGCACUAUUGACUGCUGGCGGAAGAUUGCCCGGGACGAGGGCUCCAAGGCGUUUUUCAAAGGUGCAUGGUCGAAUGUACUCCGAGGAAUGGGUGGUGCUUUUGUCUUAGUCCUGUAUGAUGAAAUCAAGAAGUACACAUAAGUUGUUUCCUGUUGUGAACUGGCAUGUUGUUGUAUGUAGUCUGUGACCACUCAUGGACUUGUUUGAAAACCGUCUAGUUACUACACGGCUGAUGUUUAUACAGGUUGGCAUGGGGCAGGGGCGACUGCCUGCCCUGCCUUUAUCA